AGAGAAUCGUGUGUAGAGAGAGAGAACGAAAUCGUGAAGCAAUGGCAGGAGUGAUGGUUUAUGAUCCAAAGCCUAUUUCUCAAUUUUUUCCUACUUCUCCUUCAUCAAAAUACAAGCUUAAUUACGAACAAUCCAAUUCCUCAUCCGACGACGAUGAUUAUUACGGUCGUCUCAAAUCUCUCCAAAGACAACUCGAAUUCAUCGACAUCCAAGAAGAGUACGUCAAAGACGAGCUCAAGAAUCUCAAGCGCGAGCUUCUACGAGCUCAAGAGGAGGUCAAGAGGAUCCAAUCUGUUCCACUCGUUAUUGGUCAGUUCAUGGAAAUGGUUGAUCAGAACAACGGGAUCGUUGGCUCUACCACUGGUUCUAAUUACUAUGUGCGGAUUCUCAGCACUAUUAAUCGGGAACUUCUCAAACCUUCUGCAUCUGUAGCACUUCAUCGCCAUUCUAAUGCCCUAGUUGAUGUAUUGCCGCCGGAAGCUGACUCCAGUAUUUCGCUUCUUAGCCAGUCGGAGAAACCUGAUGUUACAUAUAAUGAUAUUGGAGGAUGUGAUAUUCAGAAGCAGGAAAUUCGUGAAGCUGUUGAACUACCUUUGACCCAUCAUGAUUUAUACAAGCAGAUUGGUAUAGAUCCUCCACGGGGUGUUUUGCUCUACGGUCCUCCAGGGACAGGGAAAACCAUGCUUGCCAAGGCUGUUGCUAAUCACACAACAGCAGCAUUUAUAAGAGUUGUCGGGUCGGAGUUUGUCCAGAAGUAUUUGGGUGAGGGUCCUCGUAUGGUCCGUGAUGUUUUUCGUCUUGCCAAAGAGAAUGCUCCUGCAAUCAUUUUUAUUGAUGAGGUAGAUGCUAUUGCUACGGCUAGAUUUGACGCCCAAACUGGAGCUGAUAGAGAAGUCCAACGUAUUCUUAUGGAACUCCUAAAUCAGAUGGAUGGAUUUGACCAGACAGUAAAUGUGAAGGUGAUAAUGGCAACAAACCGUGCAGACACUUUGGACCCAGCACUUCUUCGUCCUGGAAGGCUGGACCGAAAGAUUGAAUUCCCUUUGCCUGAUAGACGUCAAAAGAGACUCGUUUUUCAGGUGUGCACAGCUAAGAUGAACUUAGGUGAUGAGGUUGACUUGGAAGACUAUGUUUCACGUCCUGAUAAGAUCAGUGCUGCCGAUAUUACGGCUAUAUGCCAAGAAGCAGGAAUGCAUGCAGUGAGGAAGAACAGGUAUGUAAUACUUCCAAAGGACUUUGAGAAAGGAUAUAGAACCAAUGUGAAGAAGCCAGACACUGAUUUUGAGUUCUACAAGUAAGCUCCGACCAAUCUCAUUUAUUUACAUGUACGGUAUACUAGUAUUCAAACCACCAUCCAAAUUCUGCUACAGUUUAGUCUGCAAUCGAUUUAUUUUGAAUUCAGUUUUCACAGUUGGUUUAUAUGGUUAUGCUAGUUGUUAACUUUUAGUUAUUUCUUUGUAAUUUACUCUCGAUGAUUUUUGCCGACAUUUAUGCUCAAAAGCAUCAUAGAUGAACUCUGUGCUGCUCAAAA